UCCAAUAUUUGUUUGACAACAUACAACUAUGAAAUUGAUAAUUUUGGUGUUUCUGAUAGUUACUAAUCCAGUAGUCGUUACUUCUGAGGACGAUUACCAUUAUAUGGCAUAUGUGAUUCAGUGGCUCCCCACGGUUUGCGGGUAUCCGGGAGUAAACUGCAAGGCUAAUAUUAUGAAAGAGCCGUUGAGGUUCACCCUCCACGGCCUCUGGCCCGGAAACAGCACUGGAGGGAGUUUGGAAUGCAAUCCGCCUCCACAUGGUACUCAGGACAAAGUCAAGGAAGUGUGGAAAAAUUCCAAAACACUUGAAAAAGAACUCCACAAAUACUGGCCUAGUUUGCUCUCUGGGUGGACGGACGAGGAAUUCUGGAUGCAUGAAUGGAAGGCCCAUGGCUACUGCACUAAACAGACACUUCCAGCUGCCGAUUAUUUUCGGGCAGCGGUGCGCAACGGAGUUUUUUUAAUGGAAGUGAUUAAAGCCUUGCAAGGUGCAAAAAUGGUAUCAGAUGUUGCCACUUCCGACAUGAAAGAUAUACGUGCGGUUCUCCAUAGUAUGGGGCUAUCCCCUAACCCGUACAUCUCUUGUAUUCCAAAGGAUGAGACUCAUGUGUAUUUGAAGGAGAUCCACUUCUGCCUGGAUAAAACACUCAGAAGAUUCAUUCCCUGCCCUACGAGCCAAGACACCAGAGGAUGUGGUGGAUCAAAUAAGCAGCAGAACGUCAUGAUUCCAUCUAGGGUAAUACUAUAAUCUAGCAUGCAUGAUGUUUAUGUUUUAUGCUGAUCACUUUUUAAAAAAAAAAAAAAACUUUUUUUGUAUGUAGGCCAUCUAUGGCUCGCUGCUAUAAACUGGAGGUUAAUCCCAGUGCAUGGCCGGGAUUGAUAAGAGCUAUUAUAUAUAUUAGGCAAAGAGAUUAAAUAUAUUCUAUGCGUAUGUCACAAGUUGCUACUGAUUACAGUAGUUAAUUAGGUUUAUGUAGCUUCCGCUACCCCGGUGUUAAAAGAAAUGGAUCUUUAAUGUGGCUGUG